UACGCCUAAUAUGAUUAUGGAAUACUCUAGUGAACUCAACAAAAACACUUACACUACCCUAGACCACAAGGGUAACAAGUAUCAAGUGCCUACUGGCCUUUUCAUCAACAACAUGUUUGUGCCUUCAGUUUCUGGUAAAACAUUCCCGUCUAUAAACCCAGCCACUGGUGCCAACUUUAUCGAUUUUUUUGAGGCUGACAAGGCUGAUGUUGAUGUUGCUGUUGCUGCUGCGAAAGCCGCGUUGAAGGAAUGGGUCAAAGUGUCGGCUGCUGCUCGCGGUGUUCUGCUGUGGAAACUUGCUGAUCUUGUUGAAAAGAACGCAACGCAGCUUGCAGAACUCGAGUCGCUCGACAACGGGAAGCCAGUGAGCGUAGCCAAAAGCUCAGAUGUUCCACUGACUGUCGACUGUCUGCGAUACUAUGCUGGAUGGGCUGACAAAAACUCUGGUCAAGUUGUAGAAGCUUCUCCCAAUCAGCAUGCCUUUACCCGUCACGAACCCAUUGGUGUGGUGGGCCAAAUCAUUCCAUGGAACUUUCCACUGCUUAUGUUGGCUUGGAAGUUGGGUCCUGCACUUGCUUGUGGCAAUGUUGUCAUUGUCAAAACCUCUGAAAAAACUCCCUUGACCGCUCUUAAACUAGGUGAAUUGAUCGUGCAAGCUGGCUUUCCUCCUGGCGUCGUCAAUAUUCUGUCUGGUUAUGGUCCUAGUGCUGGUGAUGCUAUUGCUCGUCAUCCUGGUAUUAGCAAACUAGCCUUCACUGGGUCCACGGUCACUGGCAGAAAAGUCACGAUUGCAGCUGCCGAGUCUAAUCUCAAAAAGGUUACUCUUGAACUUGGCGGAAAAUCACCCAAUAUUAUUUUCCCUGAUGCUGAUAUUGAUGCUGCUGUCAAAUGUGCUUCCUCUGGCAUCUUUUUCAAUAAUGGACAAUGCUGCUGCGCUGGAUCUCGUGUAUUUGUUCACGAGGACAUUUAUAGCAAGUUUGUUGCCAAAUUCAAGGAAAACAUGGCCAACAUCAAGACUGGCGAUCCCACAGAUACUGCGUGUGAUCAAGGUGCCAUCAUUGAUAAGAUCCAGUAUGAUCGCGUCUUGAGUUAUAUCGACUCGGGCCGCAAUGAAGGUGCUCAAGUUGUAUCCAACACUCUUUCCCCUAGCAAAGACGGCUUUUUUAUUGCCCCUACUCUGAUCACUGAUGUAAAAGAUACCAUGCGUGUUGCAAAAGAAGAGAUCUUUGGUCCAGUAGUGUGUGUUCUCAAAUUCAAGACUAUUGAAGAGGUAUUGGAGCGUGCCAACAACACCAACUAUGGUCUCGCCGCUGCUGUUCAUACCAAAGACAUUCGUACUGCUUUGCGUAUGGCCAAUGAACUCCAAGCUGGUACGGUUUGGGUCAAUCAAUACAAUACCCUGUACCAUCAGCUGCCAUUUGGUGGAUUCAAGGAAUCUGGUGUUGGUCGCGAACUUGGUCAAUAUGCUCUGGCCGAAUACACCCAAGUCAAAUCAGUCAUGAUCAAUCUUGAAUAGACUAUUGCAGUCUUGGAAUAUCUAUGCAUCAUCAGUUUUAUUUGUCUUUCAUCCAUUUGAAUGAAUUUGCGAUUGAUACUUUGU